CCAGGAAAUACACCUAAAAUUAUUUUGCUUCUAGGGCUGCUUGAGCGAACCGUCCAGAAUCUUCAGCGGAUGCAACUCGGCGCAAGCACGGUAAAAAACAACACUACCUUGACAGAGGGGUUAACGACGGUCGUAUCAGAUAAGUGCUUGAGAAUUUCUGACAAUCGAGGGACAGGAAACUGCAUGUUCCAUGCCUUGUCAGAACAACUGGACACCGUCAGAGGAAUCAAAAUCCAACAUGGCCAGUUGAGACAGUCUUUAGUUCAGUACCUGAGGAAAAACCCAAAACUGCCGGAUGGAACAGAUCUCUGUCACUUUGUUCAUGGCCAUGAAACAUGGGCUAAUUACCUAACAGAAAUGGAACAAGAUGGCGCUAGGGGUGAUCACCUCAUUCUCUGUGCAGCAGCGAAUUACUUUAAAACGUGCAUUCAUGUGGUCAGCAGUCACAAUGAUGUAUACAUCAUACAUUGUAUACAUUGUCCAGUUGACGAAAGCAAGCCACUGGUACAGGAACAUAUUCAUGAGGUACACGAUGUCAGUCUUCAACCCAUUCAAGAGGGUGGAUUGGUUCCUGAAGUGUCUACUGUAUCAGAAUAA